AGGGGGCGCACGAGAGGGGGCGCACAGCAGCGUGCGAGCGAUGAUGUUUGGAGUGACGACACCACGAAACCAUAGCACAAGAUUACCGAAGCAGAUAGCAAUCGGAUUGAAGCAACAUCCAUCAGAGAAGCCCAGAGCCCACUAAAAGUGCCAGUGCUCGUCCAGACUGUGGUGAUCAAAUCGGGCUUGGAAAUGCUUCAGUUCGGCGGCAGGGUGUGCGUUGUCUCCGCUGUCGUCUGGCUGCUUCUGGCGGGGCUGGCGGCUGCGUCUUCUGAUCUAUUUGACAACCAACUAGGCGACAUCAGUUACUGCAAAAAGCAAUGCCAGAUCACCAUCAAAAACAAAAGUCCAGCUAAAGACUCCAUACUGAAUGCCUGUCACCGUGGUUGUCGUCUCUACUCCAUAUGUCAGUUUGUGAAUGGCAAUGCUGGCUUCAACACCAGCAGGGAGGAGUGUCAAGGAGCAUGCCAGGAAGCAUACAGCAAACUGCUGGAGCAGGAGGCCUGCAGCACCGGCUGUGCCAGCCAGCCCUCCGAACCUGAGAUCAAGAGGAGGAAGCUGAAAGCCAUGGCCCACCGUCCCAAGCCCCCCUCUGUCAUGGACACCGUGUCCAGCUGGUUUAACGACAUCGUCAGCUCUGCUCAGAGCUUCAUCUCCUCUACCUGGACCUUCUACCUGCAGGCCGACGACGGCAAGGUGGUGGUCUUCCAGAGCCAACCAGAGAUUGAGUACACUCUGCCGGAGCUGCAGGGCCCCCGCUCCAAUGUGACAGACAAACCCUGGCCACAGGUCCACUCCCACACACAGAGACCCCAUGGUGUGAAAGGACAUGGGGAGAAGGGAGCAGCCAAGGCCGGAGGCAAGGGGAAGCACCCAGCAGUCCAGCAACAUACAGAGGACCCCACCGCUGAGCAUGACUUCCUGGGUUGCAUGUCAAGGCGCUCUGGACUGCCUCGUUGGAUCCUGGCUGCCUGUCUCUUCCUGUCCAUCAUGGUGAUGUUGUGGCUCAGCUGUGCCAGCCUGGUCACUGCACCUGAACAGCACAUCAAAACAGAGCUGAGCAUCAACGGAGACAAUGAGUUUCUGGAUGACGUCCAGAAGGUCAACCCCUACUACCUGACCCCUGUGAUUGCUGUAGCCAUCGACCAACCAGAGGAGAGCGAGGAAGCUGGACCACUGCCAGUCAAGGUUGACCUCAACAAGACAUCUCUUUAGGGGACCAAAGGGAUCGGCUCUCUGGUUUCUAGGGUAACCAUUUCGUAAAAACCUCCCUCAGUAAAAGAGGGGAACAGAAACACACCAACACACACCAGAUUGUUUUAUACACACAUGGCACAAUCCCUUCAAAACAUAUUUGUCCCGUCUGAAUUCUAGUUUCUAUAACAAGUCUGACCAUCAGAUUUUAGCCUGUUGUGCUUAUCUCUGCAUACAAUACCAGUUUUCUAGAUCCCUAGUGUCCGUUGAUAAAUCUCACCAAGAGUGUGGAGACCUAGUUGUCACCACCUUCUUGUACCUAUCAUUUUGUAUUUGACAAUGCAAUUGCUUAAGGCUUGUUUAAUGGACAUUGUAACUAUUAAAUGUAACUACUUAGAUCUGCCUGUGAGGAAGUCAAGGAGAACAUGUGCUCUGAAAGCUUUCCAGGCUUUUGAUGUCAAGGGAUACAAAAGAAAGGACACACACAGGGAUUCAAAUUGAAGAUGAAUAAAAAUUAUCUUACAUCCUCUUGGAAUUAAUUUGUGACUUGCAGAUAGAGAAAAGGUAUGGAGAUGUUUAAAAUGCUUUGAAAACUAUAUUGUGAACGCUGCAGGAGACAAUAGCUACCACGUUUCACCUUUGAUAAUCACCGAUAUCAGCUUUGUGAAGGAAAUAUCACCUAAAAGAAGCAAAUACACUCCAUAAAUUAUAGAUCUCUGUAGAUCUUACAGAGAAUUCUCAGAUCAGAUGAAACGCCCCAUUUAAUUGAAUUCUGACAUUUGGCAAAUAAAGGAAUUGUGCUCAAAUUAUGUUGACUUACGCCCUCAGAUAACUGUGUGUGUGUGUGUGUGUGUGUGUGUGUGUGUGUGUGUGUGUGUGUGUGUGUGUGUGUGUGUGUGUGUGUGUGUGUGUGUGUGCGUGUGCGUGUGCGUGUGCGUGUGUGUGUGUGUUUGUGUGAGUGAGAGUGCGCACAGCGUGUGCAUGUGUGUGUGAACAAAAUAAAAACAGUACUUGGCGCUGAAUUAAACUGGAAGUGUCCCGCCCACUCAGAAUGAGAAUUAUUGUAUGUAUUUAUUAAUGACUUUGUGUAUUUAUUCAUGACUUUGUGUAUUUAUUCAGAACCAAUAGCAUAAGGUACCAGUUUACUUACUGGUGUCAGUGAAGUCCCACGUAAAUACUCAUCUAUCCAAAUCUAUCUUAUUGCUGCAACUGUGAUACAACAAUGUACCCCCCUUUUCCAGAGACACGCAGGAAGACUAAUAUUACUCUAUUAUUACUAUAUCUCCUUAAGGGUUAGUCUUAUUAGCUCUUAAAUGUACCAUGCGCUUUCUAAUAGUAGACGUUUUUGUAUGCUACACAGGCACAUCAUUAUAGGGAAGACCAAUGGGAUGCUCAAUGCAAGGCUUUUAGAAUAGACCUUCGUCAUCGAGUAACACACUCAAUGCGAUUUCUGUUCUCUCCUCGGUGAUGUUGAUGUCCAGUGAAGUACAUUGUCCUUUUGCCUACUCACUGUGCAUGCUAGUACGCUACACCACAUUCAAUGAAACCACCCAUCUAUCUCAGUAUGGCAGGAAACUAAUGUACACUUGUGAUUUUUGUGUUUCUAUUUAAGUGCCGAAUAGAAUGUUAGGAUAUUAAUCUGAUGAUUUAAGUUAAGGAAAGAAACCAGAUGGAUAUAUCUAAAAGCCCUUCGAUAUCAGUCCUGGUUCAAGUGAAGGAUACAGCGCCAUGUAGAAUGUGAUAAGCGUUUCGAACUGUUACGGUUCCUUUUUCUCUGUAUGUUUUCAAUGAAAUAAUACAUAACCUCGACAUGAUGAAUAAAGUGUGUUCAUGGUGAAUAGAA